AUGGUCAAAUGGGAUCUGGCCAUCGGUCUGAUCUUCUUAACACAGACUACCGUUGGAAUCCUGGGCAAUUUCUCACUUCUUUGUCAUUAUAUCAUCCUUUCCUUCACUGAGUACAGGUGGAGGUCCACAGAUUUCAUUCAUAAGCACCUGAUUGUAGCCAACUUCUUAGCCCUACUCUGUAAAGGAGUCCCCCAGACCAUGGCAGCAUUUGGGCGGAAACAUUUCCUCAGUGACAUUGGAUGCAAACUUCUUCUCUUUCUUCACAGAGUGGGGAGGGGAGUGUCCAUUGGUAGCAUCUGCAUCUUGAGCGUCUACCAGGCCAUCACCAUCAGCCCUGGGAACUCCAGGUGGGCAGAGCUUAAAGUUAAAGCGCCCAAAUACAUUUUCCCCUCUAUUUUCCUGUGUUGGGUCCUGCAAAUGCUGGUGAAUAUCAUUUUCCCUAUGUACUUAACGAGCACAUUGAGUGAUAAGAACACCACAAACAAAAAGGAUUUUGGAUACUGUUCUUCGGUUCGUCAUGACAAAACUAGUGACUCACUGUAUGGACUGUUGUUAUCAUUCCCCGAUGUGUUAUGUCUGGGGCUCAUGCUCUGGGCCAGCAGCUCCAUGGUUUUCAUCCUGUACAGGCACAAGCAGCGAGUCCAACAUAUUCGAGGAACCAAUGCUUCUUCCAGAACCUCCCCGGAGUCCAGAGCCACCAAAACUAUCCUUCUCCUGGUGAGCACCUUUGUCUGUUUUUACACCCUCUCCUCCAUCUUUCAACUUGUUAUGAGUCUUUUUGAUAAUCCCAGCUUGAUCCUCGUGAAUGUCACUGCAGUCUUGUCUGUGUGUUUCCCAACUGUCAGCCCCUUUCUGUUCAUGAGCCACAACUCCAAGGUACCCAAGGUACCCAAGGUACCCAGGCUCUGCUUUGCCUGGAGAAGGAAUAUAAGACCUCCUUGUCUUAUGAAAAAUAUGUAG